AGAUGUCAGUAUCACUUUGGACAUUUGGACAAACACUUUCUUAUCGGCACAGCUUCUGAGCUCCUUCAGUUCAAUCCACCCAUUCGAUAGUCCAAAGGAGCAAAAGCCAUAGCCAUGGCGGCGGCGGCGUCGUCUGUUCUGGCCUACCUGCUCGUCGUUGCUCUCCUUGCCAUCGUGCCUCUCGUCUACUUCGGCUGGGUGGCGCGCCGGCGCGGCGAGGGCGGGCGGCUGCCGCCGUCGCCGUGGGGGCUGCCGGUGAUCGGGCACCUGCACCACCUGGCGGGCGCGCUCCCGCACCACGCCAUGCGCGACCUGGCGCGGCGCCACGGCCCGCUCAUGCUGCUCCGCCUCGGCGAGCUCCCCGUCGUGGUGGCGUCCUCCGCGGAGGCGGCGCGCGAGGUGAUGAGGACGCGCGACAUCGAGUUCGCCACGCGACCCAUGAGCCGGAUGACGCGGCUCGUCUUCCCCGCGGGCACCGAGGGGAUCAUCUUCGCGCCCUACGGCGACGAGUGGCGGGAGCUCCGCAAGGUCUGCACCGUCGAGCUGCUCAGCGCGCGACGCGUCCAGUCCUUCCGCGCCGUCCGCGAGGAGGAGGUCGGCCGCCUGCUCCGCGCCGUGGCGGCGACGUCGUCGUCGCCGUCGCCGGCGCAGGCCGCCGUGAACCUGAGCGCGCUGCUGUCGGCGUACGCCGCCGACUCGGCGGUGCACGCCAUCAUCGGGAGCCGGUUCAAGGACAGGGACAAGUACCUGAUGCUCCUGGAGCGAGGGCUCAAGCUGUUCGCCAGGCACACCUUGCCGGACCUCUACCCGUCGUCGCGCCUCGCCAUGUGGCUCAGCCGCAUGCCGCGGCGGAUGAUGCAGCACCGGCGGGAGGCGUACGCGUUCACGGACGCCAUCAUCCGGGAACACCAAGAGAACCGAGCCGCCGGCGCCGGCGACGGCGACGGCGACGACAAGGAGGACUUGCUCGACGUGCUCCUGAGGAUCCAGAGGGAAGGUGACCUGCAGUUCCCUCUGUCCACUGAAAGAAUCAAGACAACGGUUGGAGACAUGUUUGCGGGAGGCAGCGAGACUGCGGGGACGGCGUUGCAAUGGAUCAUGGCCGAGCUCAUAAGAAACCCAAGAGUGAUGCACAAGGUACAAGAUGAGGUACGACAAACACUUGCCGGUCGUGACAGAGUAACUGAAGAUGCAAUAAGCAACUUGAACUACAUGCACCUUGUCAUCAAGGAGGCGUUGCGGCUGCAUCCUCCUGUGCCUCUACUACUGCCACGGGAGUGUAGAAACACCUGCCAAGUCUUAGGAUUCGAUGUGCCCAAAGGAGCAAUGGUGCUUGUGAACGCGUGGGCGAUUAGCAGGGACCCUCAGUAUUGGGAUGAACCCGAGGAAUUUAUCCCUGAGAGGUUUGAGGAUAGCAACAUUGAUUUCAAGGGGACAAACUUUGAGUACACACCAUUCGGGGCAGGACGAAGAAUGUGCCCUGGCAUCGCAUUUGGUCUGGCAAAUGUAGAGCUUAUGCUCGCAAGCCUCCUAUACCAUUUCAACUGGCAAUUGCCAGAUGGGAUGGAUACUGCGGAUCUAGACAUGACGGAGGAGAUGGUGGUUAGUGCCCGACGGCUCCAUGACCUUUUACUUGUUCCUGUGGUCCAUGUUCCAUUGCCAGUAGCCUCAUCAUAGUGGUGUAUACAACUACUAGUUGGGAUAGCUCCUGUACUUGUAUGGCUCGAUUUAAUUAAAAGUUUAAAGUCCAACGGCGAACUUCUUUGAAAAAAA